UGCGGGAGCAGGGCAACGCGCUGUUCCAGGCCGGGGACCACGCCGCUGCGCUGGCUGUUUACACGCGGGCGCUGAGCCUCUGCGACGCUGCCACCGAGCGAGCCGUGCUGCACCGGAACCGCGCCGCCUGCUACCUGCGGCUGGUGAGAGCCGGGACACCGGCGCUGCGCUCUGACCCGCGCCGCCGCCGAGCCGCGGGCUGGUAGCUCUCGAACUGCUGGACCUCGGUGCCCGGACUGGGCCCUGUCAUAUCCCGGGCUGGGGGAUGCCGCACGCCCAGCUGGUAGCUGCUAGUGCUUGGGCUGGUGGCCACCGGUCUUUGGCUGGUGGCCAUCAGUACACAGGCUGAGCACCAGACCCCUGGCUGGAUGCUGUCAGACCCUGUCUGGGUGCUGUCAGGCUUCCGGGCCGGGCACUGUUGGUCCCCAGGCUGGUGGCUGUUGGAUCCUGGACUGGAUGCAGACCCCAUCUGGGUGCCGUCGGACCCCCGGGCUGGGUGCCGUCGUCUCGCAUUCUCUCUGCUCCCCUUUUCACCCUACCUCCCCCCUGGGCUGUGCUGCCCCACCUCACAGCUGGGCUGCCGGGGCCUGGGUAGGGUGCUCCUUGUCUGUGCCUCGGCUACAUUUAUGCUCUGGGGCGGCUCACCAGACAUUCCCAACGUUUUUGAUCUCCCAUUGCAGAGCUGUCUGGGAGGAGGACUACGCCAAGGCGGAGGCUGAUGCAACUAAAGCCAUUGAAGCUGAUGGCCGGGACAUGAAGGCGCUGUUCCGCCGGAGCCAGGCGCUGCAGAAGCUCGGCCGCCUGGACCAGGCUGUCAGUGACCUGCAGCGCUGCGUCAGCCUGGAGCCCAAGAACAAGGCCUUCCAGGAGGCCCUGCGUGCCCUGGGCAGCGCCAUGCAUGAGAGGAUGAAGACUAUGUCCUGCACGGACUCGAAGGUGGAGCAGAUGUUCCAGAUCUUGCUGGAUCCUGAAGAAAAGGAUGAGGACAAGAAGCAAAAGGCCACGCAGAACCUGAUUGUGCUGGCACGAGAGGAGGCCGGAGCAGAGAAGAUUUUUCAAAGUGAUGGAGUGCGGCUGCUGACGCAGCUGCUCGACACGGCCAAGGCUGACUUGAUGCUGGCAGCCCUGCGCACGCUGGUGGGGCUGUGCACCGGGCACCGCUCCCGGACCAUGGCCAUCCUGGCAGAGCUGGAGGCCCCUCGUCUCUCAGCGGUGCUGGGUGUGGAGCAUGAGCAGGUUUCCCUGGCUGCCUGCAACCUUCUGCACACGAUGUUCGAUUCCCUAAAGGAGGGGCUGCAAAAGGACUUCCGUGGGAAGGAGGAUGCUAUGGUACUGGAUUCCUCAAAGGACCUGAAGCUGCUGAUCAAACACCUCCUGGAGCUGCUGGUGCUGGAAGGGGCAUCUGCACACGGUCGUGACAACGCCCUCAACCUGCUCAUCAAGGUGGUGCCAAGGAAGUCGCCGAAGGAGCCCAACAACAGCAUGAGCCUCUGGGUGAUCGACCAGGGCCUGAAGAAGAUCCUGGAGGUGGGAAGUACAGUGUGUGGCACCCCGGGCUGCCUGCCCGUGACAGAGAACAGCCGGAUGAGCGCCUCAGUUCUGCUCAGCAAACUUUACGAUGACCUGAAAUGCGAUGCUGAGCGGGAAAACUUCCACCACUUGUGUGAGGAAUAUGUGAGGAGCUGGUUCGAGGGGCACGAGCUGGCUGGGAAGCUGCGGGCCAUCCAGACGGUGUCAUGCCUGCUGCAGGGUCCCUCAGAUGCUGGGAACAGGGUGCUGGAGCUGGAGGGGAUCAUGGACAGCGUGCUGUCCCUCUGCGCCUCCGUCCGCGAGGCCCAUCAGCUGGUGGCGGUGGAAGCACUGAUCCAUGCUGCAGACAAGGCCAAACGCGCCUCCUUCAUCACUGCCAACGGCGUUAGCCUGCUCAAGGAGAUCUACAAGCACAGUGAGAGGGACAGCAUCCGCAUCCGGGCACUGGUGGGGCUCUGCAAGCUGGGCUCCGCCGGAGGCACUGACUUCAGCAUGAAGCAGUUCGCUGAGGGCUCCACGAUGAAGUUGGCCAAGCAGUGCCGCAAGUGGCUCUGCAAUGAGACAAUUGAUGCAGGCACGCGGCGCUGGGCGGUGGAGGGCCUGGCCUACCUCACCUUUGACGCGGAUGUCAAGGAGGAGUUUGUGGAGGACAAGGCAGCGAUGCAGUCCAUGUUCCACCUGGCCAAGUUGGAGGACAGGAGCGUGCUCUAUGCUGUCGCCUCCACACUGGUGAACUGCACCAACAGCUACGACCACGAGGAGCCUGACCCCCAGAUGUUGGAGCUGGCCAAGUAUGCCAAGCAGCACAUUCCAGAGCAGCACCCCAAGGACAAGCCGGACUUUGUGAAGCGCCGGGUGCAGAAGCUGCUGAUGGCUGGUGUGGUGUCAGCUCUGGCCUGCAUGGUGAAGAGUGAGAACCCGGCGCUCACCAACUCCUGCCGGGAGCUGAUCUCCAGAGUGUUCCUGGCACUGGUGGAGGAGGCAGAGGACCGGGGCAGCGUGGUUGCACAGGGAGGAGGCAAGGCUCUCAUCCCGCUGUCGCUGGAGGGCACUGAGGUGGGGCAGACCAAGGCAGCUCAGGCCCUGGCAAAGAUCACCAUCACCUCCAACCCAGAGAUGGCAUUCCCUGGAGAGCGAAUCUACGAGGUGGUCCGGCCCUUGGUGAGCCUCCUGCACCUUCAGCGCACAGGCUUGGAGAACUUUGAGGGGCUGAUGGCGUUAACCAACCUGGCUGGCAUCAGCGAGAGACUGCGGCAGAAAAUCCUGAAGGAGAAGGCUGUGCCCAUGAUCGAGGGGUACAUGUUCGAGGAGCACGAGCUGAUCCGGCUGGCUGCGACAGAGUGCAUGUGCAAUAUGGCCAUGAGCAAGGAGGUGCAGGAGCUGUUCCUGGCCGAGGGCAGUGACAGGCUGAAGCUGAUGGUGCUGUACAGCGGCGAGGAGGACGAGAGGCUGCGGCGGGCAGCCUCAGGGACCCUGGCUAUGCUUACCGCUCUGCACCCCCCUAUCUGCAAGCGGAUUCCCCAGGUGACCGUGCACUGGCUCGAGAUCCUACAGGCGCUGCUUCUGAGCCCCAGCACGGAGCUGCAGCACCGCGGGGCUGUGGUGGUGAUGAACAUGAUGGCAGCCGAGCGGGAGGUGGCAGAGCAGCUCAUCGCCAGUGAGAUGCUGGAGAUCCUUACUGUGCUUGCCAAGGAUACGGACAAGCCACGUGUGGCCCAGGCGGCCAAGGAGAGCCUGGCGCAGGCGGUGGCCUACGGCCUCAUCCAGCCCAGCCCCGGUCAGGAGUGAGGGCCUGGCCUCCAUGCACGCUGCUCCGGCCGCUGCUCUGGGAUGGCUGCUCUGGGACAGCGGCUCUUGCCACUGCUCUGGGAUGGCUGCUCUGGCCACUGCUCCAGGAUGGCAGCUCUGGGACUGCUGCACCAGGAUGGCUUCUCUGGGAUGGUUGCUCCGGUGACUGCUCUGAGCCGACUGUCCUGGUCCCGGCUGCCCUCAGGAGCCACCGCACUGCUGCAACUGCACCCCAGCUGCACUUGGUGGCCCCUGCCCGGUGCCCGGGAGGACGGGGUUCGCCACUGCCUCUGCCACCGUCUGCCUUAACCAGGAACCUGGCCCAGAUCCCGGUGUGGCGGCGGGUCUGCCCGGUGACACUGCACUAAAGCUGCUCUUGGACCACG